AUGCCUGGCUCCAAGAGAAUUGUCCCUCAGUCCCAAUACCGCAUCUUUACGGCUUUGGACUAUCCACAAACCAAAGAUAUACGAGCGUUGAAUUCUUUCCAUGGUGGUCGCGUUGGUUCUGGCAAGCUCGUCGCUAUAUUCUUGCUAAAUUUGGCUACCCCCACCCAACCUUCAAAAUAUCUGCAUCAUAACUCUAACCACUUUGCCGACCUUGAUAUCGGUUACAUUCUUAUCCAAACUAUUACCUCCGGGGAGAUGCUUUCGGAAUCCUGGGACGAGAACGUUGACGAUGUCCGCCUUCAAGACAACCUGCAGCGGAGUCUCGCUAGGAUAAUGCUCUCUCUUGCCAGAAUUCCGCUCCCUCGUAUCGGAGCAUUCCGACUGGAUGACAAGGGGUAUUUGCAAUUAGACAACCGCCCACUGAAUGUCAUGUUUGCCAUGCAUGAGAAUGAAGGCAUCCCUCUUGAUAUUUCCAGAGAUACCACAUUUUCUACAACAAAUGAUUUUGUCCUACAGCAUUUAGCAGCCUUUGACAACCGGCUUCUCUACCAGCCAAACGCCAUAAGCAGCUGUGACGAUGCGUGCUACCAAAUGACUAGUCUAACUGCCGCAAGAGCUAUAUUCCCCCAGAUGUUCCGAAAAGACUUUUGCAAUGGCCCUUUUGUAUUUUGUUUCACCGAUCUACACCGAAGUAACAUAUUCGUUAACGAGGACUGGAACGUUACUUGCAUUAUUGAUCUAGAAUUUGCUUGCUCUUUACCAAUUGAAUUUGUACAGCCUCCAUACUGGCUUAGUGGUAAACUGAUCGACGAGAUUGAACCCGUCGGAUUCGCCCCGAAACAUGCCGCGUUUGUCGAUAUCCUAGAGCAAGAAGAACAACUUCAGACAAACCAAACAGACGCAGAACCCCUCUCGGGUAUCAUGCGGCAAGCGUGGAGGAACGGGGCGUUUUGGGCCACGCUAGCGAUACGAGAUCCGGUAGCCUUCACGGAGAUUUUCUACGAUCGUAUAUUACCCAGCUACUUCUCUUACUCCCCGGAAGAACUAGAAAAGGCCGACUACAGCUUUUAUGCACGUCUUUGGCGCCCCGACAUCUCUAGCAUCAUUGACAAGAAACUGCAGGACCGGGACUCAUAUUUGGAGAGACUGAAUCGAGUCUUUACUGACUCUUCCUGA